GUCUGUCACAGCUGAGAGUAGGUAGCCUGGUCUCUUGGAUCCCGACCCGGAUGGCGGCCACUGUGACCAUAGAGCCCGCGGGCCUCUGCUGCUGGGACGAGCCGGUGCGCAUCGUGGUGCGCGGCCUGGCCUCGGAGCAGCCGGUCACGCUGCGCGCGUGCCUGCGCGACGAGAAGGGCGCGCUCUUCCGGGCCCACGCGCGCUACUGCGCGGACCGCGGAGGUGAGCUCGACCUGACGCGCACGCCCGCGCUGAGCGGCAGCUUCGCGGGGCUCGAGCCCAUGGGGCUCUUCUGGGCCCUGGAGCCGGAGGAGCCUCUGCUGCGGCUGGUGAAGCGGGACGUGCGGACGCCGUUCGCGGUGGAGUUGGAGGUGCUGGAGGGCCACGAGCCGGAGCCCGGGCGGGUCCUGGGCCGCGCGGUGCACGAGCGCGCCUUCCUGCGGCCCGGGGUGCGGAGAGAGCAGGUGCGCGCGGACCGGGUGCGCGCCACGCUCUUCCUGCCGCCAGAACCUGGACCCUUUCCUGGGAUUGUGGACAUUUCUGGGGCUGGAGGUGGCCUUCCUGAGUACCGAGCUAGUCUGCUGGCUGGAAAGGGUUUUGCUGUGAUGGCUCUGGCUUAUUACAAGUAUGACGACCUCCCCAAGAACAUUGAGACGCUCCACCUGGAGUACUUUGAAGAGGCUGUGAACUACCUGCUCACUCACCCUGAGGUUAAAGGUCAAGGAGUUGGGCUUCUUGGAAUUUCUAAAGGAGGCGACCUUUGUCUCUCCAUGGCCUCAUUCCUGAAGGGCAUCACAGCUGCCGUCAUAAUCAAUGGCUCUGUGGCCAAUGUUGGAGGAGUGUUGCACUACAAAGAUGAGACCCUGCCCCCUUUAGGCACCAACCUAAAAAGACUCAAGAAGACCAAAGACGGCCUUGUAGACAUUGUGGAUGCCCUCAACAGCCCGCUGGAGGGACCUGACCAGAAGAGCUUCAUUCCUGUGGAAAGGGCAGAGUGUACCUUCCUGUUCCUUGUUGGUCUGGAUGACCACAACUGGAAGAGUGAGUUCUAUGCUAAUGAGGCUUCAAAACGCUUACAAGCCCAUGGCAAGGAAAAGCCCCAGAUCAUUUGUUACCCAGAGACUGGGCACUAUAUUGAGCCUCCUUACUUCCCCAUGUGCCGGGCCUCCAUGCACACAUUGGUAGGCAGUCCUGUCAUCUGGGGAGGGGAGCCCAGGGCUCAUGCCAUGGCCCAGGUAGAUGCGUGGAAUCAACUGCAGACUUUCUUCCACAAACAUUUAGGUGGUAAAGAGUAA